UCCAAACUGUUUUCUGAUCGGCCUCUCUCUCUCUCCCAAAGUUUAUAAAACCCCGACUCAAGUUUCUUAUUUGUUUAUGUUUCACUCAGUCCAUCUUCAAACUUUUCAAUUGGCUUCUUUCUUUCUCCAAAUAACAUCAAAGCAAUCCAUUCUUCUUGACAUCUCUCUCUCUACUUGGUGACUCCGUUUUGAGAAAUUGAUCAAAGAUCAAACAGCACUAAUUCAUGGAUUAUAAAAUGGCAAUUCAUCAUCAAACACCAAGCAAUUUAGAAGGAGAAAGUAGUACAGCUAGUAACUUAUCUCAUGAACUGUCAUAUUCAUCGUCCCAAUCUGAUCAACAACUACAGACUAAAAAAAUUGCUAUCUCAAAUCAAGAAGAAUCUGAGGAACCCACAACAGGAAAAAGAAUGAGAGAUGGUGGAAACCAUCCAACAUACAGAGGAGUGCGAAUGCGUAAUUGGGGUAAAUGGGUAUCAGAAAUUAGAGAACCAAGAAAGAAAUCAAGGAUCUGGCUUGGUACAUUUCCGACACCGGAAAUGGCAGCACGAGCACAUGAUGUUGCUGCUUUAAGUAUCAAAGGUAAAACUGCCGUUCUUAAUUUCCCUGAACUCGCUUCUUCACUACCUCGUCCAGCUUCUACAUCACCUCGUGAUAUCCAAGCUGCUGCUACUAAAGCUGCAUUAAUGGAAAACUUAAAUAAUUCAGUAUCAUCGCCGUCUCAGUCAUCAACAGCAUCAUCACCCUCAUUAUCACCAUCAACGUCCUUUUCAUCUCUAUGUUCUGCUAUUCCAACAGCUACAUCCUCUUCUUCGGAUACUUCGGUAUAUACUACUACAACUGAUGAAGAUGAAUUAACUGAAAUUGUUGAAUUACCUCAACUUAGUUCUUAUUUCGACGAAUCACAAGAAUCACAGCAAAACGACUACAUCUUUAUCAAUGAUUCUUCUAUUGAUAGUAAUUGGUUUUAUCCGACUCCAUGGCUACAAAGUCCUACAGAUGAUUGUGGGUUCUUAUCUGAUCUUCUUCCUGAAUCUUCAUUUUCUACCACAUUUAACUCUUUGUUGUGGGAUUACUAAUUUAGUCAUGUUUUAUUCUUCGAUUUUUAUUUUUUUAUUUUUAUUUUAUCUCUAUUAUAUAGUGACAUCGGCGGUUUUAUUAUGCGAUGUUGCCGAAAGAGGAUUGAUUGCUAUGGCAUUUAUAAUACCAAUUAAAUUUCUCACGACUUACGAAUAAUCUACGCCUGAUAUGUGUUGAUUGUCUGGUAAAUGAAAACUACAACCCACCAUUGGGGUGAUUUUGUUCAUUCAAUCAUUAUUUAGACCCUCGGAUUA